AUGUUUUUUUAUAUUUUCUUUAGAAAUAUUUAUAUUUUAUUUUUAGAUGUUUUAAUGCCAAAAUUAAAAAUAUUUCCUAGAGAACCAUCAUUCGAUGGCAAAUUUCGUUCAAGAUGUGUUUCGGCACCAAUUCCUUUACCUAAAAAUACUUCCAUUCCAAAAAAUUAUUUUAAAACCUUCACAGAUAUGCGAAGUAGACGUUCAUCAUCCUCAGCUUCAUCUGCCCAACCUCCUUUUAUGAUUUCAGCGUUUGGAACAGAUUUGGGUUCUAUCGAAUCAAUUCCAUCAUUUAGAAGAAAUUUUUACAUAAAAGAAGAAGUUAAUAGUUCCUAUAAUUGUUUAACUAAAUUUAGUUGUAUAUUAGCUUUGUUUGUAGCUUUAAUAAUUGUUUGUUUGAGUGCACUUGCAUUGAAGGUAAAAAUUAAUAAAUUUAAUGAAAUGAACUGA